CCUUGACUAUUGCAUACAAUGUUUUUUUCUUUUUGCCUCAAGGGUGUCCAAUAUUAGAUCUGAUUGCAGUUAGCUCUUUUGAGAUCACAUCUCCCAAUUAUCCUAACAUUUAUCCUAAUAUGCUGAACUGCACUUGGACUUUUUAUUCUAUGUCUGGAAAUAAAAUGAAGGCAUUGAUUAAAGAUUUUAUAAUGGAAGAAUCUUGGAACUGUGAAUGGGAUUAUUUCAAUAUUUAUGAUGGACCAGAUCAACAAUCAAGAUUACUUGCUCAUUUAUGUGGCUCCAAGAAAGAAUUUGUCUGGAUAUCCAGUGGUGCUUACCUAACUGUGAAUUUGAAAACUGAUGAGUCUGUGGGAGAAAGAGGUUUUAAACUGAUUUUGGAAGAUAUGACUGAGAAGCCAUCACAGAAAAGCAAUAUUGGGACCCAACUGCCUAUUAAUGGGCUUACAGUAGAAAACAAUACCAGAAGGCAGCCAGCUCAAGACAUAUGUGGCGUUCCAUUUGUUGACCCAUUUCUCACUGAAGGGUUUGAGAGGAAUACAGAUACCUUGCCUGCAGAGGUUGGGGAGCCCAGGGUGGUUGGUGGCCGUGCAGCCGCUGUGACGUCGUGGCCCUGGCUGGUCAGUCUGCAGCACCAAGGACGUCACUACUGUGGAGGUGCUCUGAUUGGGAGGCAGUGGGUCCUGACAGCGGCACACUGUAACUUCAGUACUGUCACAGACUACCUGGUAAUAGGAAGAAGUUACCUGGGGAAUAUAAGAAAUAGUGAUUUGAUUCCUGUGAAAGCUGUGUACAUUCACCCCAGCUUCACACAAUUUCCUCCCAACGAUGAUCUGUCUUUGCUGCAUCUGGAAAAACCUGUUGAACUAGGAGAGUUUGUAUCUACAAUCUGUUUGCCAGGGAAAGAUGAUAAAAUAAAUUUACUUUCCAAAUGUUUGACUGCCGGAUGGGGAAUAACUGAACCUCAUCAAGAUGAAUUUCCUAAAACUGUGCAGCAGGCAAAGGUACCUCUGAUCAGUAGUAUAUCUUGUCGAAGCUACUGGGGACUGGAAAUUAAAAACACUAAUAUAUGUGGAGGGGCUUCCGGAUCAUCGUCCUGUAUGGGAGAUUCUGGAGGACCAUUGCAGUGUGGCGAGGGUGGACAGUACAAGCUCAUCGGUAUUGUGAGCUGGGGCAGCAGUAACUGCCAUCCUGCCGCACCAACAGUCUUCACCAGAAUUUCUGCCUACACAGACUGGAUCACAUCCAUCACUGGAGGAGAAGCAGGAUCAUUGGAAGGGCGACCUGAUGGGACUGUGAUCACAAGUGGGAGAGGAAAUACAUAACCACAUAUCUGGAAAAUAUGUCUCUUGUCAUUGCUAAAAAAACUCAAUGUCACUUCUCCCAACUUUUGUCAUGGAGGAGCUUGGAUUUAGUGUAUAAAUACAUUCAAUAUUAAACAUUGGUCACAGAUAGUUAAUGUUGGUUCGUGCC